GCUGUGCACAAGGCAGAACAGGAGAAGAGUCAGCUCGGAUCAGGGAUCUGCAGUUUUAGGGCUUGCCUCCUCGCUCACUUAUUCUCCCCAGUGCUUCUGCCGUUGCCUGUUUAUGGGGGAUGUCGCUGGAACAGAACAUGGUUUAACCCACUGACUGCAUGCUGCAUGUUGGGUAAAUUCAAACCCACAUGCGGAGCCUGGUGCAGAGGAAUUAUUUACAUCUGAUGGAUAUUUUCUCUGCUCAUUGCAUUGUAAUAAACCCCUGACAGGAGCAACCUUUCAUAAGACAGCCCACAUUAUUGGCUUCCUGCCCAGAAUAUUGCUGCAACACUAUCUGUGAUUGGUUAUCUUCCUAUCAUGCAUUGCUUCACAAGGGAAACUGCCCCCUUUUUUAAUAAAUCUACAAUGGCUGGCUGCAAUAUGCUACUCUGUUGGUACUAAGAAGUGCCUUUCCUGACGUCUCUGCUGCUUGGAACCCGCUUGUAGAGCAGCCUCUGCUUUUGCCUUGCUUGCUGCCAGCUAGACUGCGACGAGAGCACAUCCACCCUUCUCAUCUAGCCCAGACAACCCCCUAUUUCUGCUCUUAAUCAAGCGAAAGCUCUAUGUAUCAUGCUGUUAUUAUAGUAGCAAAAGAGGAACGAUUGCUGAAAGUUAUUCGCUGUCAGAAAGACUGAGAAGAUAGAGUGAAAGGGAGUGAAAGAGAGAGAGGGAGAGCAAAGCCUUGAUUAUUGUCCUACACUGCUGCAUCUCUCUAUGCCAAACUAAUCAAUACCGAUUGCACCGCAAAACCCAAUUGCCAAUUCAGCUGUGUGGAGAUUACCUUUCUGACAACUUUACUGAGAGCAGCUUGGAAAUUCUGUGUCAGCAGAGGGUCUGCCACGUUUGUAUGCUUGCAAUUCGGGCUCGACAUUGGAACUCUAAAUGGGUUGCUGAGAGUUUUAGAAUAAGCUCCAGGCCAUAGCUUUUUUCUCUUUCUUUUUUUUCUAAUGAUAGCUGGAUGAUCACACCUUUUCCAAAUACUUUGUCUUUAUUAUGUAUUAGGUUGUUUCCAAAGAGAGAUAUUGGAACUGUAUGUGGAUACGGAGUGCACAGUCUUACCAUUUAAAAGCAAAACUAGACGGUUGGAUUUACUUCCACCUGUUUUAUUGAGAACUUGUAACUACCUGUACAUUUUUUAAGUAUGGCUGUUAGUGUCGCACCAAUUCGGGACACUAAAUGGCUAACGCUUGAAGUGUGUAGAGAGUUCCAAAGGGGGACGUGUUCACGGCCAGACACAGAAUGUAAAUUUGCACAUCCAUCGAAAAGCUGCCAAGUUGAAAAUGGACGGGUAAUCGCCUGCUUUGAUUCACUGAAAGGUCGUUGUUCAAGGGAGAACUGUAAAUAUCUCCAUCCUCCUUCGCACUUAAAAACACAGUUAGAGAUAAAUGGAAGGAAUAACCUAAUUCAGCAAAAGAAUAUGGCCAUGCUGGCCCAACAAAUGCAACUUGCCAAUGCUAUGAUCCCUGGCACUCAGAUACAACAUAUGCCAAUGUUUUCAGUCGCACCAAGCCUAGCCACCAAUGCAACAGCCUUUAACCCAUACCUGGGGCCAGUUUCUCCAGGUCUCAUGCCAGGUGAAAUUCUGCCUACUACGCAAAUGCUUGUCACAGGAAAUCCCGGAGUGGGAGUGCCAUCAGCUGCGGCAGCCGCUGCACAGAAACUGAUGAGAACAGACAGACUAGAGGCCAGCUACAAUCAGGCAGCUGCACUGCGAGCUUCCCCACGUUGCCCAACCAAUGACCUCAGCCCCGAUGUGGAGGGAGCACCCUCUUUAUGGGUGAGAGGUAGUUCAGUCUCCAUGCCAGCUCAGUCCUGGGCCUCUCCUGAGCAGAGACUGCCAAUUGUUCCAAAUUAUGUGUGGUGGUUUUAUGAUGUGGACUCCUGCCCUCUGGGAACCGAACUGAGACCAGCAAACUCAUUUCACUUAGGACAUCAGGCUGGACUUGACCCCCGGUCCCAGAAGAGAAAGGUAUGUCGAGAGUAUCAGCGUGGAAACUGCAACAGAGGGGAGAACGAAUGCCGGUUUGCUCACCCGGCUGAGAGUGCAAUGAUUGACACAAAUGACAAUACAGUCACUGUGUGCAUGGAUUAUAUUAAAGGAAGAUGCUCAAGGGAAAAGUGUAAAUACUUCCACCCUCCUGCACAUUUGCAAGCCAAGAUCAAGGCUGCCCAAUACCAGGUCAACCAAGCUGCAGCAGCUCAGGCAGCAGCCACUGCAGCCGCCAUGACUCAGUCGGCUGUCAAAUCACUGAAGCGACCGCUCGAGGCAACCUUUGACCUGGGAAUUCCUCAGACUGUACUCCCCCCAUUACCAAAGAGGCCUGCACUUGAGAAAACCAAUGGUGCCACCGGAGUAUUUAAUACGGGUUUUUUCCAGUACCAACAGGCUCUUGCCAACAUGCAGUUACAGCAGCAGGCAGCCUUUUUCCCACCAGGCUCAAUAUUGUGCAUGACACCCGCUGCAAAUGUUGUUCCCAUGGUGCAAUAUGCAGCGCCAGCCACUGUGUCUGCAGCAGCAACAUCUGCCACAAGUAUCCCCUUCGCUGCAACAGCCACAGCCAACCAGAUACCCAUAAUAUCUGCAGAUCAUCUGAGUAGUCACAAGUAUGUCACACAACUCUAGAGAUUGUAUCACUAUACAAUUUCAUUAAAGAGAAAUGGACAGUGUGCUUGAAAAACAAUACAGGACAAGGCCAUUAGCUAUUAUAUGCAUAAAAACAAGAGCCACCAAGAUUUCCACCGUAAUGCAUCGCCAUGUUGCAUGCUAUAUGACGACAAGAUCACGUGGAACCCACUGCACACUGCUGCAUAGAUCAUUUGUACAUUUUACUGAUAUUUGUAAAAUCUUGUCUAAGCAUACAACAUACCUUGUCUUAUCGAAUACACAGGUUUGCAUACAUCCAUUUUCCCAUCAAGAUCACAAUCACAUUUUAAUUUGUUUGAUUUUACGCCUUGAAAAUUUAGGCCAUCGUAUUCAUCAGUCUCCAAUGUAUUGGUACGUUUGUAGACCAAGAGUAUGUUGUUGUUUUGUUUUUUAAUAUAAGUUUCUUUUUCUUUCUUUCAAGGUUUACAAAUAACAAAAGGGUGCACCUUGUAUUUAAAAAUUACUAUUAUAUCUUAUAACACGCAUGCAGAUUAGUUUUUUAAGGAUAGUAUUUUUAUUGUUACAGAUUGUAAGAGGUGGAAAGAUAUAUCUGACUGAUGAAUGUGCCAAGUAAACCACAAUUGUGUACAUUUAUAAGCACAUAAAGGCUUUAAGUAUGCUAUUACUAAUGUUCUCAUAAAGUGCCAUUGACUGUACAUCAUCAUAAUAUAUUACUCUAGCAGUGUUAUUAUUUUAAGAGUCACAUUAUUGUAUUCCUAUGGACCAGUCAACGGCACUAUUUUUUUUUCAAAGCCAAAGUCACAGAAAUCAACAGACUUUUUAAAUGAGAUCAGUAGAUAUGCAAUCCUGUUAUGUAUCAGUUGCACUAAAUAAAAAAAAUUGCUAGCUCUUAAAUAUUUUAAUUUCAACUAAA